AUGCAUAAAGAACUCAACUCCAUCAAGGGGGGGAAUGUUGCCAUGAUGAAAUGGUGGGCAGAUAAUGGUGUUCCCCCACCUGUACUCUUGGCAAACAAGGAUAACACAGCAAUGAUACAGCUAGCUGAGAUGGUUGAUGCAUCAGCUGCAGCUGUGAGACAGCCAUUCGAGGUGUCAUCCCGCAGUGGGGUUAAGGUGACAAGCAUUGCAGGCACACUGUUCAACCACAAAGACGACAAAAAGGGGCAGGGAGAUAUUCAUCAAUUUUUUUUCAUGCAGGUAAAAGGCAAUGUCAAGGGUGCAUCAAAGAAGUUCCCUGACACCAGUAACACAUGCUAUCACUCUCAUUGUGAUGCUGCUACUGAGUUGAUUAAAUAUCUCAAAAAUUACCUCGAUUUCCUAGACUUCAUUCACAACAACAAGACAAAUGUGCACCUGAACCACAUAGAAGAGAAUCUCGACAAGGCUCUUUGUGAUGCAGAUACACUGGUGGAAUUAGCUGCUUUGACACUGUACAGUCAGUUGAUCACAAAACCCUACAUGUGGCUGGUUCGCGCACCUGGAACUGAAGACCUUAAUGUUCUCAAUUUGGGUCCCCUCCAUGAUGACCUUCAAAUUCACAUCAAAACCAUCGUUGAUUGGCCAUCCCUCAUCUUUGAUUUUCAUCCCAACUCAUACCUUUUUGAUGUGUUCGACAAGAAGCCAUGGGAUGACCCACUUGCGAUCCAAGCUGUUGUAGAUAUGAAUAAUGCAGGAACACUUCCGCACCUUAUGGAAGUCUUCGUCACAUUUUUGGGAGGUGCACUGGAAACAUGGGAACAGUUUACAGAGGAGUUUGCUGCAGGUGGCCUAAUAGCCUCAUCAUCGGCCAAAGAACAUGGGCUUGCAGCAAUGCCCACCACCAAUGAUGCGAAUGAGGGGAUGCUUGGAAUGUGGUGGAGACACUCGCAUGACAAGCCGAGUCUUAUGGUUGGUCAUUUUUCAAACCAGGCAGCCUUUGCAUGCAACAAAACUCAAGAUUUUAUGAAUGCAUUAAUUGAGAAGCACCGACGAGACACCGUCAUCCAGUACAAAAAGAUGGUUGCUGAGGAGAAUCACAAGAAGGAAGAGCAAUGCCAUGCCAAGAAUGCCUCGGUUGCCAAGUACUUUUCCGCGCUCGAUAUCGUUGUUGACAAUGCAUUGCUCAACACAAUGCUUGAUCAGCCUAUCAAAGAUCAGCUCAAGCUUCACCAUCAACUAGGUGAGGAGAAGACGAUCCCGAAGAAAUCUCACCUAAGUAGUAAGCAUGUGCGCUUGCAGGUGCUUCUGUUGGUUGUCGAGCGCUACAUUGCGCAACGGCGUGGUGAAUCACUUGAUGAUAAAGUUAAUUUCCUCAAUUUAAUCAAUUCAUAA